AUGGCCCCAGCUCCUAUUAUUCCUGAGAUCGUCGACGUUGCCGAGCCCCGGAAGGAUAACCUCGGUCUCCCCGAGUCCACGGCUGCCCGGCUAAAGAAGGCAAACAUCGACCUCAGCAACGGCUACCCAUACCGACCUUCGCGUCCUCUCUACCUAGACGAUGUAUACAAAAUCAGGAGCAAGGAGCGUGUUCACAACGACCCCGGCGCCAGGGCUGACAAGGAGAAGAAGUCCCUCUUCUCGGCAGCUACCAAGGUCACCGACCUGACUGCGUACAUCGGCACUGAGAUCGAGGGCCUUCAACUGAAGGACCUCACUGACCAGCAGAAAGAUGAGCUCGCACUCUUGAUAGCAGAAAGGAGCGUUGUCUUCUUCAGAGACCAAGACCUUUCCCCUCAACAGCAAUUGUCACUGGGAGAGCAUUUCGGUGAGGUUGAGGUCCAUCCCCAAGUCCCUCAAGUGCCGGGCCUACCCGGUGUAUCCAUCAUUUGGCCAGAUCUCAUGGCCACAGAAAGAGCGGCCAACUUCAGAAACCCAGGAGGUGCAUCCCGGUGGCACACAGACCUGGUCCAUGAACUUCAGCCGGCUGGCUAUACACACCUUCACAUCGACUCUGCGCCUCCCGUCGGCGGCGACACUCUCUGGGCAAGCGGAUACUCUGCCUACGAGAAGCUGUCUCCUGACUUUCGCAAGAUCAUUGACGGAAAGCAGGCAGUUUAUGUCUCGGCACAUCCCUACUUAGAGCGUGAGCACCCUGAGGAGGGCCCCAAGCACAUUGAGCGAAUUCAUCCCCUGGUGAGGGUCCACCCGGCUACUGGCUGGAAGUCUCUCUUCGUCAACAGGGCUAUGACUCGUCGGAUCGUGGGCCUGGACAAGGCCGAGAGUGAUGUUAUCCUGGGUUAUCUGUUCGAUGUGUAUGAGAAGAACGUCGAUAUCCAGGUGCGAUUCAAGUGGACGCCGAACACCAGCGCCAUUUGGGACAACAGAAUCACAAUUCACAACGCAAGCUGGGAUUACGCCGGCAAGCACCCGAGACACGGAACUCGCGUGACUUCGCUGGCCGAGAAACCGUAUUUCGACCCGAGCGCGCCGACCCGACGCGAGGCUUUGGGACAACUGGGCUCUGAUGAGCUGCAAGUCGAUGGACCUGUGUAG